UAUUAAAAAAAAAACACACUAGCACACUACAUUUGAAUUUUUUUAUUUCAAAUAUUGUUAUUAAUAUUAUAAGAGCGAUAUGUCGGGAACGAGGAUGCCAACGUGGAAGGAAAGGGAGAACAAUAAGCGAAGAGAGCGGCGAAGGAGAGCGAUAUCCGCGAAAAUAUUUGCGGGUUUGAGAACGUACGGAAACUAUAAGCUUCCAAAGCAUUGUGACAAUAAUGAGGUUCUUAAAGCUCUAGCUGAUGAAGCUGGAUGGACCGUUGAGUCAGACGGUACUACUUAUCGUAAGGGAUGCAAGCCUCUAGAGCGGACGCACAUUGGUGGUUCUGUGUCAGCUAGCCCGGGCUCGUCUUACCAACCGAGCCCAUAUGCUUCAUGUAACCAAAGCCCGCCUUCCUCUUCAAUUGCGAGCCCAACCUCAUCCACAUUUGGACCCAACCCUCAUCCGGAUUCUCUCAUUCCAUGGCUCAAGAACCUCUCAUCUUCGUCCUCCUCCUCAUCUAGCUCAUCCAAGAUUCCACAUUUUCACAUCCACAACGGCUCCAUGAGUGCUCCGGUGACACCACCUGCUAGUUCACCAACUGCUCGGUCGCCUCCUAGAAUCAAAACGGGCUCUACUUGGGGUGCACAUGCACCCCACUACCCAUAUCUCCCCUCCUCGACUCCACCAAGCCCAGCUCACCCGUCCUUUCCUAACUAUGAUUGGUACUCUGGGACCCGGAUCCCACAAAGUGGACCCACGUCCCCAACGUUCAGUCUUGUUGCAGUCAACCCAUUUGGGUUUAAGGGAAUGGCGGUUAGUAAUGGUGGAUCACGAAUGUGGACCCCUGGUCAAAGCGGGACUUGCUCUCCUGCAAUUCCAGCAGGUUUUGAUAACAAUGCAGACAUUCCAAUGGCUGAAGUUGUUACAGACGAGUUUGCAUUCGGAAGGGUAAAGCCUUGGGAAGGAGAACGGAUUCAUGAAGAAUGCGGGUCAGAUGAUCUUGAGCUUACUCUUGGAACUUCAAAGACCCGGUAAAAUGUGACACGAUGAAGCGGAUAUCCAUUUAGCAUCGGGCCAAAUUCAUUUAUUUCGCGAUCUCUGGCAUUGUAGACAUUCAAGUAUGUUAUGUAUGAAUGAAAGCUGUACAAUUGAUUGUAUUCAGAGUCUUAUUUGACAAUGAAUGCAAUUGUAAAUGGAGGAAUUGCAUAUGUUGGUA